UAGUUCCAUUUAAUUCAAGAUGUCUACCAUGAUGUUUGCAUGUCGUGUUUUCGGUCAAGAGGUAUCUAAUUUCGUUAGUUCCACGAUUUCGGUGUUUUCUCAAGUACCAAGAAGAUGCAAAUAUCAACUCGUCAAGAAACCAAAAAUUGGCGCCGGCAAAGCUUUUAGAAGAAUUGUCCAUUUCGAAGACAAAUACACGGUGAAGCCUUUGGAGAUUACAAAUUUAGGAGGAAGGGAUCCUGCCACAGGUAGAGUAGCGGUCAAUGGAAUUGGAGGAGGUAUAAGACACAAAUAUCACUGGAUCAAGUGGAUUAGAGAUGGACCUACAGAUCUUAGUGAACCACCAAAGGAGGAGAAAAUCCUAGAGAUUUUCAAGGAUGGUAAUAGAACGAGUUUCGUUGCGUUAGUCGGUUCCGGACGCGAAAUUAAGUAUAUUUUAGCUACCGAGAACAUGAAGCCAGGUGACAUAAUACGUACUCAUCAAGGAAUACCGCGUAAUCCUAUAAGGCCUUCGGAGGGAGAUGCCUAUCCCCUCGGUGCUUUACCCAUAGGCACCCAGAUUCAUAAUAUAGAGAAAUAUCCAGGACAAGGUGGAUGGUACAUUCAUUCUGCUGGCUCCGUUGCAACGAUAUUAAGAAAAGAGGAAGAUCGUGUAGUAAUACAAAUGCCAAAAAGAAAGACUUUUAGUUUACACGAGACGUGUAUGGCUACGGUUGGUCGAUUAUCGAAUAUCGAACACAGUUCUACACCGAUUGGAAGCGCGCAAAAAAAUCGGGAAUUAGGAAAUCGACCGAGAAGUGGAUUGUGGCAGCGUAAAACUGGUAGAUUUGGUCGUAAAAUCAAACCGCCCCCUAAAACAAAACGUAUCAAUGAAGGUAGAGAGGAAAAACCGGAAGUUCUUGUUUUUAAUUCCAAGUACAAUGCUUAAGCUAUCGUACAUCGACAAAUCACAGUUACGGAUAAAGAU